UUUGCCUUUAUAGGAUCGUAACUCACCGUCCAUCCUUAAGAUUCUCAACACUUAUUUUUCUUAUAUAUUCAUCAACAUUAUAUUUCACAUUCCCAUACAUACUACUUGCACUAUCUCUUUCUUUCUUGUUCCACGUCAUUUUUUUUCAUUAAGGAUCAUUAUGGGUGAAGAACAGAAAGUGGAAGAACCAAAAGUCGAAGAAGUGAAACCAGAAGAAAAGAAAGAAGAAAAUGCUGAUCAAGAGAAACCUCCUGUUGUUGAAGAGAAAAAAGAAGAAGAACCAACACCGCCGCCACCACCACCACCACCUCCAUUUGUGUUGUUUAUGGAUUUGCAUUGUGUUGGUUGUGCUAAAAAGAUUGAAAAGUCCCUUAUGAGAAUUCCAGGGGUUGUAGGUGUGGAAUUUGACAUGGUGAAGAACCACGUAACCAUAAAAGGAGUAGUGGAACCACAAGCAGUUUGUGAUAAAAUAACCAAGAAAACAAAGAGAGUUGCCAAAGUAUUGUCACCUCUUCCUGCUGCUGAGGGAGAACCCAUCCCUCAAAUUGUUAACUCUGAGGUUCCUGGAUUGGUUACGGUCGAGUUGAAUGUCAAUAUGCACUGUGAAGCUUGCGCUCUACAACUCAAACGCAAGAUCCUGCGUAUGAAAGGUGUGAGAACAGUUGAGACAGAAGUAAGUUCAAGUAAAGUGAUAGUGACUGGGAGUAUGGAUGGGGAGAAGCUCGUGGAGUAUGUGUAUAGGCGCACGAAAAAGCAAGCAAAGAUAGUGCCACAACCUGAGCCCGAGCCAGCACCAGAACCCGAACCUGAGAAGCCCAAAGAAGAAGAAGCAAAACCCGAAGAAAAGCCAGCGGAAGAAGCAAAGCCUGAAGAGAAACCGGCAGAAGAAGAGAAGAAAGAAGGCGAUGAUGGUCCAAAAGAGGAAGGAAAGAAGGAAGGAGGAGGUCAUGUAGAGAGAAUGGAGAUGAUUGAUAUGCAAAGAAUGAUGUAUUACCAUCAAUAUCCACCAUUGUAUGUUAUGGAAAGACUUCCACCACCACAAAUGUUCUCUGAUGAGAAUCCAAAUGCAUGCUCUAUUUCUUGAUAUAUGAAAAUACAUAACUAUAUAUAAAUAUAUAAAAAUUAUAUAUAUAACAAAAUUCAGUCACAAAUAUUUUUGAAUGUGAUGUGAAUACCACAUUGUUGAUUACUUAUCAAUAUAUUACCUUAUGUUUCCA